AUUAUUGCACGCAAAGUGGGAUAAGGAAGUUUGAGUGGCCGAAGUUUGUUCAUGUUUACUGUGCCUUUCGACAUGUACUGGUUAACAUUUUUGUCACUUGCGAGUCUCGGUUUGGUCAGUUCUCUCCCAAUACGGCAUUCCGAUUUAAAAAACGAGACUGACUAUGAAGUCAUUUACGUCCCUUACGAUGUUAAAUACGUUCCAGUAGAAGUACCAAUCAACGUAAACGACGUAAAAAAAUCCAACACCUUCAAACUUGACGAAAAUGUAGGAUCACUUGCCAAUCAAGAAAUUUUGAAAAAUGUUUUUGCAGAAAGCAAAGCUAAUAUUUUACCAAAGAUUGCGUACAAAUCUACAGAUUUGCAAAGAGAUUCUACGUCAGCCGUGUCCAACUUUAGCGACAGCACUGACCCAGAAGGUAUAAUCUUGAUACCUCUGACUGCAUCUAAUAUUCCCGGAGGCGAGCAUCAGAUUGUUAAGAGACAAGCCCCAGGCAAUAUAGUUGUAAGGCCAGUAGUAACGUACAGGCGAUUACUGAGGAGAAUAUCAAGGCCUCCAGCCUUCGUUGGUUAUUUAAACGACAACGAUGACUUUCCAACGGUAGCAGUUUAAGCACUCCAUACUAAUACAAGUUUAGUUCCUAUCGCUCAUUUUGUUUAUUGUAAAUAUCCAUAGUGUAAUGACAGUAGUAAUUUAUUAUUAGUGUUUUUAAGUUGCUUAUUUCUGGUGAUAAGAAUGAUAUAGGAGAAAUGUUAUACGGUGCAUUUAUUUUGUGAUAUGGAUAUAAAUAAGACUAGAAUAAAUUUCGUUAGAGCAAACUAUUGUUUUAGUUAAGGCAGAUUUGCCCUUAGAAGAAAUUAAUUAAUAAAUUCACGAACUCACUAAGUUUAGACACAGUGUAACCGGUUUAUUAAGGAAUGAUGCCUCAGAAUUUCUUAAGAUUAUCAAAGAAAGCAGAGCAAAAUUUGUUUGGAUUCAUGUAUACUUUUAAAAUGUUAUAUUUGUAUUUACGUAGUCAAGUAACUAC